AUGCCUGCUGGAUCAGUUCUUGUCACCGGUGGAACGGGCUACAUUGGCUCUUUCACCACCCUCGCUCUCCUCGAGGCUGGCUACAAGGUUGUCGUCGCUGACAACCUUUACAACUCCUCCGCUGAGGCUCUCAAGCGCAUUGAGUUGAUCAGCGGCAAGAAGGCCGAGUUCGCUCAGCUCGAUGUCACCGACGAGGCUGGCUUCGACCGUGUCUUUGAGGCCCACCCCGACAUUGACAGCGUCAUCCACUUUGCUGCUCUGAAGCUGACCGGUAUCCAGGCCGUCGGUGAGUCCGGUGAGAAGCCUCUGGACUACUACCACGUCAACGUCUACGGCACCAUCUGCCUCCUGCGCUCCAUGGUCCGCCACAAUGUCACCAACAUCGUCUUCUCCUCCUCCGCCACCGUCUACGGUGAUGCCACUCGCUUCCCCAACAUGAUCCCCAUCCCCGAGGAGUGCCCUCUGGGCCCCACCAACCCCUACGGUAACACCAAGUUCGCCGUCGAGACUGCCAUCACCGAUGUCAUCAACGCUCAGCGCAACAACGCCAUCAAGACCGGUAACGAGGCCGAGGCCCAGAAGUGGAACGGUGCUCUGCUCCGCUACUUCAACCCCGCCGGUGCUCACCCCUCUGGUAUCAUGGGUGAGGACCCCCAGGGUGUCCCCUACAACCUGCUUCCCCUCCUUGCCCAGGUGGCCACCGGCAAGCGCGAGAAGCUCCUCGUGUUCGGCGAUGACUACGCCUCCCACGACGGUACCGCCAUCCGCGACUACAUCCACAUCCUCGACCUGGCAGAUGGUCACUUGAAGGCCCUGAACUACCUCCGCGCCAACAACCCCGGAGUCCGUGCCUGGAACUUGGGUACCGGCAAGGGCAGCACUGUCUACGAGAUGAUCCGUGCCUUCUCGGCGGCCGUGGGCCGUGACCUCCCCUACGAGGUUGCUCCCCGCCGUGCCGGUGACGUGCUCAACCUGACCUCCAACCCCACGCGCGCCAACAACGAGCUGGGCUGGAAGGCCGAGCGCACCCUCGAGCAGGCCUGCGAGGACCUCUGGCUGUGGACCCGCAACAACCCCCAGGGUUACCGCCAACAGCCCCCGGCCGAGCUGCUGGAGAAGCUGCAGAAAUAA